UAAUUAUUUGUUAAUUUUAUGACGCAGUGUAACAAUUUUCUGAAUUCCGAAAAAUGGUGAAAAACGCGCGGAUUGAUGAUUAUAUAUUAUAUAUUUCGAAUUACUAAACUAUCAGUUUUUUUUUAUUUUAUUCUAUUCUUAAUAGCUUUUAGAUGAGAAAUGUCAGCUAUAUGUACGAAUUAUUUUGAUAUAUUUGAUAAUCAUUUUCUUAUCGAGUCAAGGAAAAACUGGCCUUGGAAAGACGCGUCAAUUGAUAAAUACGAACCUACGUACAAGCAAUUAAAUUCAAUAAAAAGGAAAGAUUCUUUAAAAAUAGUUAAACGUUAUUAUAAAAUACCCCUUAUUUCAUAUAAACCAUAUUAUGUACAUAAAUCACGAAUAAAGAUAUCUUUGAAAAGUACUCAUACUUUCCACACACUAAAGAAUUGUCUCACUGCAUAUGAUGGUCAUAGAUCAUUUUAUAAUGCUAUACAGAUCUUACUUUAUUUCUGUUGGAAUCAUAAAUUGAUUUAUUUUAGGAAAAACGAUAAUUCAUUACUUCCGAUUGUCAAGAUUUAUAUGGAAUUGAGCCCUGAUGAACAAGUCAUGUGGUUACCUGGAUUGAAUUGGGCUAGAAAGCUUUAUUCUCUAAUAGCUUGGCAAGGAAUGUUUCUCUUCCAAAGCACAUUUUUUUCUGUUCUUGGUGGAGCGUAUUCUGCACUUGGAAGAUAUAAAAAAGAACAUGCUGAAAAAGCUAAACAUCUCGCACGUAAUCAGAUUGUACUGGCUAAAAAAUUACAAGAUCCAGUGUUAGAAUGUAAAUGUUGGAUUUAUUAUGCUGAAGGUUUGAUUCAACUCGGAAAACUUAAAAAAGCUGCACUUAUUAUUGAAAGACAAAAGAAUAUGGUGAUGGACAUGCUUAAAGGCGACGACACACUUUUGAGUAUGUGCGAAAAUGCUAAAUUAAAAUUAAUGGUAAAUUCCAAAAAAAAUAAGAAAAUAAGAGAAUUAUACGUAAUUUAAGUGAGUUUAUUAUUUAUCAUCAUUUUCUUUUUUUU